UCCGCACCCGGUCAAGCCCAUGAGAAGCACGGCUGCCCCAGAGUCCCCACGCAAGGAGAAGGCUCCCGAGGCUUCCAGUCCGAGCCCCAUCCAGACCACUGGCCAGGAGCAGCUCACCCUCCAGUCCGUCCUUAGUGGGAGCUUCGCAGCCUCGGUGAUGCAGCUGGAGGAGACGGAGCCCAAUCAGAGCCCCCCCACCAAGUACCACCACCUGACGCGGGAGGAGCUGCUCCAACUUCUUCUGCGACGGGAAGCCGAGCUGGGCAAGAAGGAGGAGCAGGUGCAGGAGCUGGAGGGCUACAUCGACCGGCUGCUGGUGCGCAUCAUGGAGCAAUCACCCACCUUGCUGCAGAUCCCUCUCGAGGAGGUGGCCAAGGCCACCCAGUAGCCCCCCCUGCCAGGAAUCCCAUCGCCCCUCCCUUCCUGCCUGGGUUUGGUCUGCUGAAUGUUCCCCUCCUUUGGCGCAGGCAGCACCUCUACCCCAGGACACCCUGCUCCCUCAGCCUCCCUGUAGCCUCCGUCCAGGAUCUCUGGUGGACCUUCAAACCUGUCGGGCAUCACGGACUCUUCUUGACACAGUGGCGUGUGUCCCAGGCUGCGGGGCGGCCCUGCAAACUUCCUGGCCUGUCCCUUUGCAAAUGUCG